CAUUGUCUAGAGCUCGGUUUGCUUACAGUGAGUCAGGAUCUCGAGAAGAAGCGAAGUCGACCGAGAAUUCAGCAUAUAAUAUAACGCCUUUAAGUUCAAUAUAUUUUUUGAAUCACAUUCAAGUCCAGUUAUGCCAUCUGACAGACCCUUCAAACAGAGACGGAGCUUUGCUGACCGUUGCAAGGAAGUGCAGCAGAUACGAGAGCAGCAUCCUAAUAAAAUCCCGGUGAUCAUUGAGAGGUAUAAGGGAGAAAAGCAACUUCCUGUCUUGGACAAGACCAAGUUCCUCGUCCCUGACCAUGUUAACAUGAGUGAGCUGGUAAAGAUAAUCAGGCGUAGACUGCAGCUCAACCCCACCCAGGCGUUUUUUCUUCUUGUCAAUCAGCACAGCAUGGUCAGUGUGUCCACCCCCAUUUCUGAGAUCUACGAACAAGAGCGAGAUGAAGAUGGCUUCCUCUACAUGGUUUACGCCUCCCAGGAGACCUUUGGUUGCUAAGCAGUCCACUCGACCUUUGAGGGAGGGACAGCAGCGGGAGGGAGAGACGUCAACAGGAAGCAAGCUCACCCAAAUGUUCCCAUCUCUCUCUCUUCUCAUCAUCCCUGUGCUCUCCUCUCUUGCUGGUAGAAACAAAAUAAAGCCGUUGAUUCUUCUCCGUGUGACACUACAGUGCAAACCACAGCGCUACUGUAAACACUACAGACCCUUUGUCCCAUUGUAAACGUACUUGUUUUUUUUUUAUAAGCUCAACGUAGGUAUUACACUGUUAAUGCUUCGAAUUUGGCCCCAGUUGCUUUUCCCCCUUGCAUUUUAUUAUUUUUUAGACUAUGUCAUUUCAGAUAAUUAGGAACACAUAUUGCUGUAAAUAGACAAGUGUUUUUUUUUUUUUUAGGAUUAAUUUUCUUUUUCUGUCUGUUUGCUUGUAGUCAUUACCUGUUACCAGCCCUUAGUGGUGCUGGUGUAAGAUUAUAAAAUCUUACUUCAGAAUUAAGUGCUUUUUUCAAACCAAGUGAUUAAUCAUAAUGCAGCAUAAUUCUCAUCAAGACCCAAUCUGUGGUUCCCGUGAUAAAACUGUAAGGAGACCAGUGGCUCCAAAGGUGUAGUUAUAAAUAUGAAUUGAACUGUCAGAAGGUUUCUGAAGCCUUUAUGAGUCUGUGUUUAUUUCUGGACUCCUGUGUAAAAAUAACUCAUCAUUUACUCAUUGUAGAAUAAAGAUACUGCCUGGCGGUAACAUUGAUCUGUACUGUACACAUGUGAGCCAGAAGAACAUCUGAAAUCUUAUGGCAUACAGUAUUCUGCAGUCAGACUUGCAUAAUAUUUAGUAGAUGCGAAUAAAUUGCUUUUUUUGCACAAUUCAAACAUCUAAGAGGACAAAACUAUUAGAAGUUCAAUUAUAGCACAUAAUUAUAUUCUUUCUUUAUACUUUUUUUUUCUUCCUCCUGUGUCACCAUACGAACUGUAUGCCUUCUGUUAAAUCUCAAAUGAAGGGAUAGUGAUGCACUACUUUGCAUGUUUUUUCUCAACCUUUUUUAUAUUAAUUUAUGCUAUAGAUUUGUUAAUUAUUUCAGCUUUAUUUAAAGCAAAAAACCUGAAAGAAUUUGUAGAUGUUUUGAAACCAAAAGAAAAA